UCUCAAAACAAAAAGCUAGAGAGAAAGAAAAUGAAAGAAAGAAAGAAAGAAAGACUAGCACAUAGCAUAGGGAGAGAAUAUAUUGGAGUAAAUGAUGAAGUCAAGAAUUAUUUUACCCUACUCUUCUUCUCUUUCUGAAAAAAGGCUAGUGUAGUAAAGUGCUUUUGCCCUUCAAUGGAGGGCAUCCCUUCCAAGGCAAGCAAGAAAAGCUAAAGGGAAAUUGGAAUUAGAUGAUUGACUCUUCUCUCUCUCUCUCUCUCUGACUGAUUAGCUCGCCCGCCCGCCCGCACUCUCGCUGUUAGAUCUGAUUCUCUCAGCUCGAAGAAGAUCUCCCUGAUUACUGACUUUCUCUGCACUACACAUUGCUGGAUUUGCUCUGCUGCUAACGCUCGUCUGCUUUAUUUAAGUCAAUGUUUAUUUUGUUCUGUUGAAAGAUUGACUGGAAGUCGUAAUGGCGUCAAAACAAAGAUCUAAAUCGAAGAAAUUGGGUUCGAGCAACUCUAAAGCUCCCAAUUCUCCCUCAUCUUCAACCACAUCGUCUUCCAAACAGUUUCUGGACACAACUAUUGAUGGUCAGAGCUCUCCUGCAUCUUCAUCGGCUCGAAGUAAGCCUAGAUACUUUUACUCAGAGAGUUUACCUUUGGAUGCGGAGAGAUCCAAAGAAAAUGUCACAGUGACAGUCCGGUUUCGUCCACUAAGUCCGAGGGAAAUCCGUCAAGGAGAGGAGAUUGCAUGGUAUGCAGAUGGUGAUACAGUCGUGCGGAACGAGCAUAACCCAUCAAUAGCUUAUGCUUACGAUAGAGUAUUUGGCCCUACAACCACAACUCGCCAUGUCUAUGAUGUUGCUGCUCAGCAUGUUGUUAGUGGCUCUAUGGAAGGCAUUAGUGGUACAAUUUUUGCAUAUGGGGUGACAAGCAGUGGGAAGACCCACACAAUGCAUGGUGAUCAGAGGUCCCCUGGAAUUAUACCACUGGCAGUGAAGGAUGCUUUUAGUAUCAUCCAAGAGACUCCAAAUCGAGAGUUUCUUCUUCGUGUGUCAUACUUGGAAAUCUAUAAUGAGGUUAUUAAUGACUUGUUGAACCCGGCAGGCCAGAAUCUAAGAAUUAGAGAGGACGCACAGGGCAUCUUUGUUGAAGGAAUAAAAGAAGAAGUUGUACUGUCCCCUGCUCAUGCGCUUUCCCUAAUAGCUGCUGGAGAAGAGCAUAGGCAUGUGGGGUCCACAAAUUUUAAUUUACUCAGCAGCAGGAGCCAUACGAUAUUUACCCUGACGGUUGAGAGCAGCCCAUGUGGUGAAAAUAGUGAAGGGGAAGCUGUAAGCCUGUCACAACUGAACCUCAUCGAUCUGGCAGGUUCUGAGAGCUCAAAAGCAGAAACUACGGGUGUAAGACGGAAAGAAGGAUCCUAUAUUAAUAAGAGCCUCCUGACACUUGGAACUGUUAUAUCCAAGUUAACAGAUUCCCGGGCUACCCAUAUACCGUACAGAGACUCUAAAUUGACCAGGCUUCUUCAGUCUUCAUUGAGUGGUCAUGGACGUGUAUCUCUCAUUUGCACUGUCACUCCUUCAUCAAGCAGUUCAGAAGAGACACAUAACACUCUCAAAUUUGCACACCGCGCCAAACACAUUGAAAUCCAAGCAGCACAAAACAAGAUUAUCGAUGAGAAAUCACUUAUAAAAAAAUACCAAAAUGAGAUUCGUUCUUUAAAGGAAGAAUUAGAACAGUUGAAGAGGGGGAUUGUUACAGUUCCUCAACUGAAAGAUACUGAGGAAGAUGAUCUUGUGGUCUUAAAACAAAAGCUAGAGGAUGGUCAAGUCAAGCUGCAAUCCCGAUUGGAACAAGAAGAAGAAGCUAAAGCUGCUUUAUUAGCCAGAAUUCAACGGUUGACUAAAUUAAUUUUGGUCUCCACAAAACCAUCGCAAUCAUCAAGAAUUCCUCAUCGUCCCAGUAAUAGAAGGAGACAUUCCUUUGGUGAAGAGGAGCUUGCAUACUUACCUCACAAAAGGCGGGACCUGGUAUUAGAUGAUGAUAACCUUGAAUUGUAUGUUUCUCUUGAGGGGAAUGCUGAAACCACUGAUGAUACAUUGAAGGAGGAGAAAAAGACCCGGAAACAUGGAUUGUUGAACUGGUUAAAGCUACGGAAACGAGAUAGUGGCUUGGGAACUUCGACAGGCACCAGUGAUAAGUCUAGUGGAAUAAAGUCUAUAAGUACACCUUCAACCCCUCAGGGUGAAAGUAGUAACCUCCAUACAGAAGCCGGACUUUCCCAUUCUCUGCUUGCAGAAAGCCCUCCAUCUAUGGAUCUUUUAUCUGAGGCUAGAGAGGACAGUGACGUUCAUGGGGAUAAUUUCCUGGGGCAAGAAACACCUCUGACUAGCAUAAAAUCAAUCGAUCAGAUUGAACUUUUAAGGGAGCAGAAAAAGAUCUUGUCUGGAGAGGUGGCACUCCAUUCAAGUUCUUUGAAGCGGUUGUCUGAGGAGGCUGCAAGAAACCCCCAGAAGGAUCAGAUUCAUGAGGAGAUCAAAAGUUUGAAAGAUGAAAUCAUUGCAAAGAAUGAACAAAUAGCUUUGGUGGAAAAACAAAUUGCUGAUUCCAUUAUUGCCUCACACAAUAGGAUGGAUAAUUUGGAGUUAUCACACUCUGUUUCUGAAAUGAUGGCACAACUGAAUGAGAAGUCCUUUGAACUCGAGGUUAAAACUGCAGAUAAUCGUGUGAUUCAAGAGCAGCUCAGCCAAAAGAUCGGUGAAUGUGAAGAAUUGCAGGACACAAUUGCCUCCUUGAAGCAGAAGCUCUCCGAUGCACUAGAGUUAAGAAAUUUGAGUCCCGUAAUCAGUCAUUCACAACAAUAUACUGAAACAAAGAACUGUCAUGGAGAGCAUGGCUCAGACAAAGGGAGUGCAGCAUUGAAUGAUAUGAGCGAAGGAUUGCUCUUACAAGCACAGGAAAAGGAGAUUGAAGAACUGAAGCAGAGAGUGGCAGAACUUGGAGAAUCAAAAGAACAGCUAGAACUUCGGAACCAGAAACUGGCAGAGGAGAGUUCAUAUGCCAAAGGGUUAGCCUCAGCAGCUGCUGUUGAGCUCAAGGCAUUAUCAGAAGAAGUUGCCAAGCUAAUGACUCAUAAUGAGCUACUAGCUGCUGAGCUGGCGGCAUCUAAGAACUCGCCUACUCAGCGUAGAAAUAGUCCUGCAGUCAGAAAUGGCCGGAGAGAGAGUCAUAUCAAGAGAAAUGAUCAAGGUGGUUCAGUCUCUGAUAUGAAGAGAGAACUGGCCGUGAGUCGGGAGAGAGAGCUUUCAUAUGAAUCCACUCUAUUAGAGAAGGAUCAUAGGGAGGCCGAGCUUCAUAGAAAGGUGGAGGAAUCCAAGCAAAGAGAAGCUUAUCUGGAAAACGAACUUGCCAACAUGUGGGUUCUUGUGGCGAAGUUGAAAAACUCCCAUGGUGCUGAAACUGAUGUCUCUGAGUCAACAAGAGUGACUCAGCGAGUUGACGGUAACGGUUUUGGGAUUUAGAAAAUGAUUCCAUGAUGAACUGGGCCAUGGAUGGGAUGAUUGGUUCAGAGUGAGAGAGAGAGAGGUGUGUGUGUUUAGAGAUUUGGUGUGCAUGGUAGGAAAUUCCUGAUUGUGUAUAUAACAAAUGACAGCUUCUUGCUUAUCGAUGUCCCCCCCCGUGUUUGUUUAUCUAAUGUGACGUUUUUCUCUUGGUGUAAAGGACAUUUUAUCCGCCCGCAUGUGUUAUAUAGAGGGAGAGUUUGACUGUUAACUGUGAUUUUAAAGAGACAUUUUACUAAUCCAAUAUUCAUUUCAUUGGGACC